UAUUUAUACAAUCCUAUGAAAAUCUAUAGAAAACCCAACCAGGGCCACCAACAUGUUAAAACCAAAAUCCCCAGGCCUUGACAACCACACAUGUUUUUUGAUAUCUGACGUCUCUAUAAACAAUUCAUAAUCAACAACAAAUUCAGCGAUGAAGCCAGCAAUAGUAGCAGACGAAAUGUUUCCAGAAGGAGCAGGUCCUUAUAUGGACUUGGAGGAGGCUGGCGGGUCCACAAGUCUUCUGAUGGACCUCACCGCAAACGAGAAAGCUGUUCAUGCAGAUUUUUUCAAUGAAUUUGAAGAUUUGUAUGAUGAUGAUGAUUUGGCAUAACUACAAUUUCUGAAGUUGUAUAUUUAA